GCUUGGAACAGUUCAUACUUGGUUAAAAUACAGAGUUGAAAACCUUCCCUGUUUUUGAUAAGUUGCUUUUGUUUUAACUUCUGUAAACUUUUUCAAGGUGUAAGCAGUGAUACCAUCACAAUUGUUGAUUAUUUGGUAAACUAUGACUUCUUGAAACAGACAGAUUAGUGACCCUUGUUCUUGUGCACCUGACUAAUGUGUUAUUACCUGGACUGGACUGUAAAAAUCUGUGGUGACAGUGUCAGUUUGAGUUAGGAACAGAAUGGCUGGGGCAGAACUGUUUUUGGCAGGAGCAAUGGUUUGGCGUUUGCUAAUUCAAUGAUUGCAAUGACUUCAUAGAACAAAACUGCCACAAAUAAUGAAAAGUGACUGUUUACAUGAAUGGCAAUCAGGAGUUAUUUCCCUGUGAAGUCUGUGGAAGACGCUUUGCAGCAGAUGUUCUGGAAAGGCAUGAACCAAUAUGUAGAAAACUCUUCAACAAAAAACGUAAGCCUUUCAAUUCCUUGAAACAAAGAUUACAGGGCACUGACAUCCCUACUGUGAAGAAGGCUCCUCAAUCCAAGUCUCAACCUGUGAGGAAAUCUAACUGGAGACAACAACAUGAAGACUUCAUUAAUGCAAUUAGAUCAGCAAAGCAGUGUACAAUAGCUAUUAAAGAAGGCCGGCCCCUCCCACCUCCACCCCCUCCAUCUAUCAAUCCAGAUUAUAUUCAAUGCCCCUAUUGCAUGAGGAGAUUUAAUGAGACUGCAGCCCAACGACAUAUUAAUUUCUGCAAGGAUCAGUCUUCUCGCCGAGUCUUCAAUCCUGCCCAGACAGCAGCCAAGCUGGCAUCCAGAGCUCAGGGUAGGGCUCAGAUGGGUCCCAAAAAGGAACCAACUGUUACUAGUGCCGUGGGAGCUUUGCUACAGAACAGGGCUCUGGAGGCCAUGAAUGGAGGAGUCUCAACCAGGUCAGGAUUGGCUAUGGAUCCUGCUUCUGGAGUAAAACUCAAACAAGGAUUCAGUAAAUCUUCUAAAAAAGAUUAACUCCUAUAGGCCAGACGGGCUUCCUGAAACUCACCAGCCUGCAUGGUUAUGUCCCCAGCAAGCCACCAAAGGGGAGGGACCGGGAGAUGUCUUACACAGGCCCUGAUUCUUCUUGAGGCAUCAUCCAGAACAAGUAAAACUAGCUUCAACUCUUA